GGGGAGGAGGUGGGGGUGUGGUGCUGCCUGCGUUGUUGGUGCCCAAGGCGCGGAGGAAUGGUGGGGGUCAGCAGCGGCGAUGAGGGGAGGGGGAGGUGGCGGCUGGGCGGAUGGAUAAGAAGAAGAAGAACAGGGAGAAAAAGAUGAGGAAGUGUGAAGAUGAGAAUGAAGAUGAUGUUGCGGAUGCAUGGAGCGAGCGUUGCUGUCGGGGGAAGAAGUGGUGCUGACAGUGCAGUGGUUGGGAAGGAAAAAGGGUGUUUGUUGGCAACUGCCGUAAUUCUUGGCAGAAGUGGUGUGAUGGGAGGGCUGCGGGGGAGGAUGGAGGAUGGAGGAGGCAUGGUCUACUGAAGGCGCAUAAGGAGGAUGGGUCGUGCUUUCUUCAGUGACGGGGGUUGUACCCAGUAAUGUGCUCCCAAAGCGGUUGGGUGGUUGGAUGUUUGUUUGGUUGCAAGUACCAUCAUGCGACCAUAUGCCUUUUAUUCCCAUGUAUUUGGCCCUUCUUGAGCCCAUUCGUGCACCGAGGGAGGGAUGUAGUCCUCGUUGGCUCGUCCCUGACAUGAAUCCUGGGGGCGAGUGGGGGCACGUGCGUGUGCGCUCGGGGAUCCGUCCGGGGGGGAUGUUGUGACACGUGGCACGUGCACGCUGCUUGCUGGGGCCGGCGGGCGGACUGAUUGACUAAAUAGCAUGCUAGCACAAUGCAUGUAUUUCCUCCACCUUCUGGUGUGAUCAGGAAUGACCACCCGUGGGACGGUUGAUAUUGGCAACUAUGAAGACUUUAUUGAUGGCAAUCAUGUUUUGGAGGGUUUGCGCGGGGCUGCAUGUUCCAUACAAGUGACGAAAGGAUCUGCGCCGGGGCAGAGGCAGGGAAGAACACGUGUGUUGAUGUUCACACGUGCGAAGAGCUGCGAGGAAUGCGCGAGCAUGCAUCUUAUUAUAACACGUGUCCACCUUGAUACUAAACAAAACACACAUACAUAUCUGUGUGUAGUUUUCUUGACACAUCCAUGUGUGUGUGUUUUGAUUUGACACACGCAAAGUGAUUGUCGUAUUCGCCUGCGGUUGUCGUGCGUCCACAUGACACGGGAGGACGUGUUGUUGGCGACUUGUAAUGCAGGUGGACGAAGUAAGAGGUUUUCCUCCGGGGGACGUACGCGUGGUGGUUGCGCGCAGAAGAGACAUACGGGCUGUUGGAACAAGUGUUGGUUGGAUUUUUGAAAUUUAAAAAUUUGGAUCGGCUGGGGGCCGUAUGAUGGCUGUGGAGGAACGCACGACCAUGCCUCGUGACAGCUGCGGCGCAAUGUGAUUCCAUGAGGUUUAGUGUGGCCCCUUCUUAUGCCCUUGUGGCUAUAACCGGGAUGUGAGCGAAAGGGCACAAACGACCUAAUGCAGGGGCAGCUAUUAGCAAGGUGGUGCUGUACGGCAGUUGAGGUAGUUGGACUUGCAACCUACUGGGUGUACGGCUACUCACGCCGUUGUCGUUGCGGCCUGUCAAACAGAAAUGCGAAUUGAUGUGGUGGUUGAGUCCUGAAGGUCACAUGGACGCGGGCAGAGGAAUGUUUCUGUUGUGGGGUUUCUUGACGCCGUUGUGUUGCACUUGUGUUUAGCAUGGGUAGGACGUUGACGUUGCCGGACCCUCCUGGUUUGGCUGCUAUGGCGCAGCUGAGCCCUAGGAGGAGCAGGAAGCUGGUGUUGCAGUCCCUGCAAAGUAUAAGGGCUCCGCGGGCCCACCGGUGUGCAACCGCCGUCAAGGGUAACGAGGUUUGCUUGGGACAUCGGACACGUUGAUAUACUUCAGUACUUGGGAUGGAAGCUGAUGGAAGCCUGGAGCUCUUCAUCCGACCGCAGCACGCUUCCUGUCCACGGCAAGGACCAUGACCGUUGGAUCUAUUUGCCAGCUGUACGACGCACGUUGCUGCGCGAGGCGUGUGCUGUGUGGCAUGAGAGGCGAUCCUGUGGAGGGUUUCGUGCCGCGGCCUCGGACUGUCCCUCCCAAAGGAGGUCCCAACACCCUCAAGGAACCGCGGGCCGCAUUGCUUUCCGUGUCAACACAGCAAGAGCCGGUAAAAGCCAUGGUCAUGGUUGCAUGCCUUCGCCGGGAUCUCCAGUUGCUGCAUGGUUGGAGGGGUUUCACAUUGCGACUUGACCCGCUGCGACAUGGCGCAGGCGGUAAUGGAAAAGGCGCUUUUUCCCGAGGUUUCACAAUGAUGGUCCAUAAGUCAAUCCAGGAUAGUUUUACAAGAAAUCUUGGCACAAGUUCGGCACUGAUGGCGGUCUGUUGCCUGUCGUGCCUGGAAUCGAUCAACCCUAUGGGACGAGCUUGCAUGAAAUCCCCAUUGAUACAUCGGGAAGAGUUAUUCGACUUUUAUGAACAUAAUUGCAUUCGACACGUGCUUUGCAUUACCGCCCAACUUCCUUUCAACCCCAGAUUUCCAACCAUUGUUGCCGAUCGCGAGGGAAGGAUAGUAGUUAGGUCUCCCAAGCCGUCGUAAAGUAACCCGUCAAAUAGUAGUUGUGCCGACACCUUAUCCAAUGCCGUUUCGACUUUAGGGCACCGCUUUUGCCCUUGGGGGUGUCGGCGCCCGGGCUGUCGCUAUCAUUGUACAUGCUAUGACAGCUCAAUCUGAACCUAUGGAGGCGAGCAAUGAGGCUCCAAAGGAGCGUUUUGAGUCGGAGCGCGGGAACUCGGGGUCAGCACAGCCGGCGCCAUGCUCCGAUUUUAUAGCCAGCGAGGCUGAUCUUAUAGCAUUUACCAGACUUCCGUUAGAAGAGCGGGCUCUAACAGCUCAACUUCGCGGCGUCCUUGCGGAGUCGGCUCUCACAGGGCGCAUCCGCUACAAAUGGCCCUUGCUAAGACCGCUGGUUGACUUUGUCCUGGAGCAGGUGUUGACAGCCUACGACGCCGAAACCCGGGUAGAGGUAGGGCCUGCGGGCCCCGACUCCGUAUCUGAAACCAUCGAGCGCUUCCAAAAGCUGCUUUCCGCCUUUAGCGACGCGCCCUGGACCUUCCAACGCCUCUGUGAAAUCCUGUUGGAGCCCAAGCGGCAGUACUCCCGCCUGCCAAAGCUCGUCCUGGCCAUCGAGAAGUGCCUGCUGGUCACUACCGAGCAGCCGCCCACGGAGGCCGAUCAGCUGCCCCCGCCGCCCCUGUGCACCGUCCUGGGUCCCGUCAACACCAACCCGCCCCCCGUCUACAGCAACACGCACCACCAUGCAGGGGCGGGCGGCGGCAGC